AUGACUUACAUUGAAGGAGUUGAAAUUCAAUGUCCCGAUUUAUAUUCGACUAAUAACGAUACUGAUUUAUGUUAUUAUAAUACUAAAAACUCUUAUUCAUGGUCUGAUGCGUAUAAUCAAUGUUUAAGUGGAACGGCUGAUGGAAUACUUAUUCAAAUAUUUUCUACUGAUCAAUUUAAUUUGUUAAAAAAAAUAAACAUUGAUGGAGCAGGUUUAUUCUGGUUAGGCGCAAAUAAUUUUGCAUCGUUUCAUGAUUCCCAUUGGCAUUGGCUUGAUGGAUCUAUAGUCGAUAGUUCAGUCAUUACCUGGUGCUCAAAUAGCACAUAUGGCACAUCAAUCGGUACACAAUGUGCAGCUUACGAUAGUAUUUUACAAUGUGUUAAUAAUUAUUUUUGCAAUAUUCUGUUACCAGCUCCAUGUGUGUCUGCAACAAGUGGUAUAGAUCAACGGGCCAAAAUAAGUUUGAUAUCGCAGCCAAGAGCAACGUCUUUAUGCGUAAGUUCAUCCGCUGGUGCUUAUGCAAAUUGGUGGACAUAUUCACUUCUAAUCAUCAAUUGGUUUAUGCUUUUUUGUUUUCUUCUUUAUUUAUGCAAUCGUUUUACUAUAAAUAAAAAUACAUUAUUAUUAAUAUCGAUUUUUGCAAUAUUAUCAUUUAUAUUGAUUAUUAUCUAUGCCAUUUUAUGGGGCGUUCAAUAUCAAGAUAUUAUUCAAAUACCAUUAGCUAUUGUUAUAAUUGGCUGUAUAGCUAUUGUACUUAUUUUUGCUGGUUUAUUUUUAAUUUUGAACGAUCGUACUCGUGUACAUCGUUUUAUGGGAUGUAUGAUAUUCGUAUUGUUAACAAUAGUUCUAGAAUUAUUUUUAAUGCUUGGCUUGAUUCUUUGUAUUGCCUAUUGUUCACAAUAUAUUACACUUUCAUGGUCAAUUCUUGAUAAAGAUAUUAGUGCAUCAGUAUUAGCUUCAAUAGUUGCUACCGUAUCAGUGCUAUUUUAUACAGGAAUACUUCAUCUAUUAGAAAAUGACGGCUAUAAUCGGAUAAAUGCAGUACAACCAAAUCGUGCAAAUCAGAUUCCGCAUGGAUCAGCACCAGUAUCCACACAGGCACCGAUAUCAACAACGAAUUCUCAUCAUCCAGUACAAGCUAAUGUCCAAAUAAAUCAUCAUCGUACACAUCCAGUAGCACUAUCAAAACAACAUGACCGAAUUGAACGAGCAACUUCACCUGUUGAUGAACGGAUUCUUAACGAAUUUUAUGCAGAUCAACCGAAAGAUGUACAUCAAUAUAGCUUGGAAGGCAGAGAAUAUUUCGUUUAUGAAGGAACAAAUCUAUCUGAUAUUGAAUCGUAUAGAAGAGAUUUGACACAAGCCAUGUUAUUACAAGAAUCGCAAGGUCUUACUCAUGCCAUUGAUCGUGCUAAAAGUUCAGUUUAUGCGUCUAAUCUUAGCGAUGAAAUUCAUCAAGCUCAAGCUUUAGCUGCAAAAUUAACAUAA